AUGCUCUCUCUCCUUUUUGUUUAUCAAUCACAACACCGGUCCUUGGUUUCUCGAAGCCGAAAGCAUUAUCUUAGCGAGCAUCACGCCGAGCUUUCCACCAAUAUAGAGAAACGCGGACAUGCUCAUUAUGCUCAGUCCCAAUUUCAAAAAUGCUAUUUUGCCGUAUUACCGUCGUUGAACCUAAAUGGCAGGCAGAGAGUUCUUAUGAAGUGUGAUCCCGCGAGUCGCAGGGUGCAACAUGGCCAAAACACUCUGCGGAUGAAAGACUAUUCGUUUCACGAAGAUACUUUCAGACCACGGGGCUUUGUUAUGGUUUCCAUUGCAAGCGUUUACAGCAUACAAGGGACGGCCCUUGUGAUUAAAACGGAUAAGAGAGAUUGGCUGGUAAUACGGAGUACAUCAAAACUCCGAGCUUUCCUUGCGAGAUCCGAGAUUGGAAAGUCUACAGAAUGCACAUUACAUAACCCCACUCGCGCGGUGUCUAUGGCUAUACAGAUAUUCAGCGCCGAACCCAGCCCACGAGCAUUUGUAAUUCCAUCUGCCACGACCUUUGAAUCGUACGGUCUCGUCUUUAUGGAGGAGCGCUGUGCAUAUGUUAGCGAGACGAAAAGAUCAUUUGAGGCUUGCAACGUCGCAAUUGUCUCCGUUGGCUUCUCCAUUCCCAUUUUAACCAUGUCGUACGCCAACUUGCAGUCGGUAUUAUGCGAAAUUGAACGAGCAAUGGUCCCUCUACAAUUUGGUGAAAAUAACGCAAGUACCUGCAAUAUCGGCCUUGAACUCAUUUACAAAUGUUCGCAGGGAGGAUGUUUCUCAUUGUUCGGCAUUGGUAACCAGCGUGGCCCAUAUCUCAGGAGAAGUGGUUUCUACACAUACUCUCCGACCCUUGUCUUUCUUUCAACUGCUCUUGUUCGCCUCCGACAUGUGCAAACUAGUAACUCCGACGUGGGAGCUUCGCCAGCUUGGGAUUAUCCGUUACUGAACUGUAAAAGCCCUACUGUGCUGCUUCAUCUAGGGAAGUCUGAGGAAGUGAUCGUAGAAAAUUUGGAUAGGCUAUUGGCGAAAGGUCAGAAAAAAGUCCGCGUGGAGGAAACAAAAAUACAUCUGUCGAGUCGACCGGGGCCCUUCAUCAGCCCAUUAUAUGAGGAGCCAGCUCCGAGAACUGCACCGAAGGCUUCUACUAAUGAAACUCAGGCCAUUUCAGAUGGUGGUUUGAAAGCAUGGCUGCAGGUACUUGGAGCUUUUUUCAUAUCUUUUAUCACUUGGAUAAUUAUUAAUACGUUCGGGGCUUACCAGACGUACUUUGAGACGAAGAAAUUGGCAUCGUCGUCUAACAUCUCCCGGAUAGGUUCCGUGCAGUCCUCUUUGCUCUUGAUCCUCGGACUUGUGACUGGAACACUGUACGACGAUGGAUAUUUCUAUGCGCUUUUGUACAGCGGGUCAUUUAUGAUAAUUCUAGGGCAAAUGAUGACCAGCCUUUGUAAUGAAUAUUAUCAAGCACUCCUUGCGCAAGGCUUUUGCAUUGGUAUCGGAGUAGGUCUUAUCUUCAUUCCCAGUGUUGCAGUCUUGUGCACCUAUUUUAGUUCAAGAUUAACCCUUGCGAAUGGCAUAGCGGCAGCUGGAAGUGGCUUUGGUCCGCUUUCAGUCUUCAAGGUUCGCGUCAUCCCUUCUAGCAAGAGGAAGCCGAUGAACCUAUCUGCUUUUAAGGAGCCAGCCUAUUCUAUUUUCGUUCUCGGAGUCGGCCCCUUCAACAUCAUUUCUUUGUGUACCAUUAUAUAUGAAGCCUUGAUGUUUGCUCUAGUGAACUUAUCCGGCGUGGCAGGCAACUUGGUUGGCACUCCUGUAGCAGGCGUUAUUCUGCAAAAUAAAGACUUUAACUCAAUGUGGAUAUUCGGAGGAAUUAUGUCGAUUUCCAAGGGAUGGACGACGAUGACACUCCUCGCUCUGCCAUCUUGUGCAAAUAAUAGGCUCAAUCAUAUGGCAAAACUAGCAAAAAGGAAAGUAAUUUCAUUCACCCACAGGCCACAUCCCGGUACACAACGAAUCGGCUUGACUCUCCGCAAUCUCUGCAUUGAAAGAGAUAAUCUGCCUUGUGAUAUUCACCAAGACGAUGAUUUCAUCCAGCCUUUUCCACCAAUUGGUUUUUACCAGAAGUAUUGCUCCAAGGCAAAAUGCGGCACAGUCACCCCUCACCAUAUGAGUUUUGGAGGACCUGCUGCUCGUGCGCAGCCGGUCCUAAAUGACAAGGCUCGUUCUGGAACUAGAUGUUUGAAUUUCGCGAUGUCUUCUUUUUUUUCUGCGCCUGUGUUUAUCAUGAGGGGGUGCAUAAGUAAUGUGUGCAAGCCAUUAUCAAGCAUUGAUGAGGCUAGCUGCAUGACUGUCACGACGUGUGCGUCUCUUAUUCCUGCAAGCUUUCAUGAAUGCAGGGUUAUUGAUUACCAAUGCAACUUUCAAUUGUUUGGAACAACUGCACUGAAUGAAGAAGGGCGAGCCGACCCUUCAACAAGGGCAAUUGAAAGUUCUGAUCUCUACAAAAAAGAGACUAAAAUGUUAUCCAUGACUGAUUAUAAGAUCGAGGAUUCUCUAUUGGUCGGUUUCACGAAAAGGCUUAUCGCAAUGAAUGGCCGCUCACAUAGUCCAAGUAAUUCCCAGACCUCUUCGCCGUUGUCUAGACGGGACCAAAGGAAACUAGCACGACUUCAUGGUCGGGAAGUAGUAUCACAAGAUAGCGACGAACAAGCUGAUCUUAGCGAUGCUGGGAAAAUACCGCGACAACCUAUUUGUCGCAUAAUUGACCUGAUCCAGUUUUUGUCAUCGUAUGAUAAUGAUGUUGGCAAAAUUGAACGCGCACUGGCUAGUCUGAAGGAGAGGGACCAAAAAAUAAGAUCUCUUUCCACCACCAUUAGGGAGCUGAAGCGCUCUAACAACGAAGAAGUUCGAGGCUUACAGGCAAAGGCUGAAGAAGCUUCUCAUAGUUUGAGGGAAUUAGAGCAGCAGAAAGCUGUUCUCAAGGAGAAUCAAGAGCAAUUGGAAAGGCAAAGAAAACAAGAAAAGGCGAGACAAACGAGUUUCAUACAAGAACAGCAGAUAAAAUUCGAAAAGCGGCUCGAGGAGGAAAAAGACAAACUCGUCAAAGCAAAUGCGCAGCAUUUCGAGCGGGCGAAAAAGGAGAAUGCAACACUCAAGGAAAACAUCGAUACUCUUCGUGAAGAAAAGGCCCAGAUCGAGAAGACUCUAAAACUAUACGUCCAAAAUUCCAAUGAUUUAGAGUCGCAAAUGGACGAGCUGAAAUCGAGAUAUUCCGCCCAGAGUCUACCCAUUGAACAGUACGAAAAAGGAUUCUCAAGGCUACGUGAAAAGAUCCAAGCCAUAACACAAAAUUUCUUGUCGAAUUUGCCACCAGAUAAUGAAUUGAAGGACAUCGAGGAGACGCAGAAGGAAUUUUCCCACCUCAACAGCAUCUUUGGAACCAUUUCUUUGUCUGCAUCCGUAACGUCCAAAUUCCUUCGCGUUCGCGGUGCCCAAUGCACAAUAGUCGAAGCAAUCUGCAGUCGUUUCUGGCAGCCGUUCUACAUCACCGCUAAGCCUCUUUCAUCUGAGACUACAGCGACACUGUCUCAGAUUUCUCAGGCACUUUCUGAAGAGGACCGUCAUAAAGAAAGCCUGUGGCGUUACCUCAGCUUCAAAGGACUUGAAAUACCAAAUUCCCCACAGGAUAUCCACGCGGAAAUAACAGGAAUCAUGGAAGUUCUUCGACGAUUAAUACCGGUCAAAGAACACAGAGCUUUCGAGGUUGAGCUGAAAGACCUUCUUCUUGAUUCUAUUAGCAUCUGGAAUGAGCUGAAAAGAGACAGCUGCGUGGUUGAAUUUGAUCUUCGACCACCUUUAUUUUGCGGUCCGGAUUGGGUAGCAGAAGACUCCCCAGAGCUCGAGCAGAUUGGUGUGAAAGUUAAUGAUGAGUCUGGGGAUAAAUCUAAGAUGCAGCAGCCCUGGUGCCUGUUUCCGAAAAUUGUAUUCCAUCCAGUUGAUAGUAAGAAAAAAAUCAUUCCAGGGCAUGCAAUUUUCGUUGAUUCUCUUGCUUUUCACGAAAGUUGUGAUGAAAUGCGACGUCAGGAAGAGGAGAUUGCACAAGUAAGAAAGAAUCUUGUGAGAAGACCAACAAUCCGAAGAGGGAAUGGGCCAUUGUCAACAUAG